AUGGCGGACGGGGACAGCGGCAGCGAGCGCGGCGGCGGCGGCGGGUUCGGGACCGCCCGCGGCGGGGCGGGGGGGGCCGGCCCGGCCGCGGGGCCCGGCGGCGGCGGCGCGGCCGGCCCCGAGCAGGAGACGCAGGAGCUGGCGUCCAAGCGGCUGGACAUCCAGAACAAGCGCUUCUACCUGGACGUGAAGCAGAACGCCAAGGGCCGCUUCCUCAAGAUCGCCGAGGUGGGCGCGGGCGGCUCCAAGAGCCGCCUCACGCUCUCCAUGGCCGUGGCCGCCGAGUUCCGCGACUACCUGGGCGACUUCAUCGAGCACUACGCGCAGCUGGGCCCGUCCAGCCCCGAGCAGCUGGCCCAGGCCGCGGGGCCGCCGGGCGAGGACGGCGCCGGGCCCCGCCGCGCCCUCAAGAGCGAGUUCCUGGUGCGGGAGAACCGCAAGUACUACCUGGACCUGAAGGAGAACCAGCGCGGGCGCUUCCUGCGCAUCCGCCAGACCGUGAACCGCGGCCCCGGCGGCCCGGGGGGGUUCGCGGGAGGCCCCCCCGGGCUGCAGAGCGGCCAGACCAUCGCGCUGCCCGCCCAGGGCCUCAUCGAGUUCCGCGACGCCCUGGCCAAGCUCAUCGACGACUACGGCGGCGAGGAGGACGAGCUGGGCGGCCCCGGCGGCGGCGGCCCGGGCGGCGGGGGGCUCUACGGGGAGCUGCCCGAGGGCACGUCCAUCACCGUGGACUCCAAGCGCUUCUUCUUCGACGUGGGCUGCAACAAGUACGGGGUGUUCCUGCGGGUCAGCGAGGUGAAGCCGUCCUACCGCAACGCCAUCACCGUCCCCUACAAGGCCUGGGCCAAGUUCGGCGGCGCCUUCUGCCGCUACGCCGAGGAGAUGCGCGACAUCCAGGAGCGCCAGCGGGACAAGCUCUACGACCGGCGCGCCGGCCCGCCGGGACCCGGCAGCGGCAGCGGCGCCGGUGACGACUCCGACGGCGACGACGUGGACGACGACUGAGCCGAUCCCCCCAGCCCUCGACCCCGACGCCGGCCCCCCACCACCCCCCCUGA